AUGGAAAAAAAAAAAAUCAACCUCUCUAUAUUCUCUAUCUUUGUAGCCUGUCUUUACGCAACUGUAGCGUUACCAAUUUGUCUACGAAGCUAUAUUCCUUACUUCUCUCAUCCUUGUUACAUCAUUAACCUGUUUUUUAAUCUAUCUAUCUAUCUAUCUAUCUAUCUAUCUAUCUAUCUAUCUAUCUAUCUAAGACUUUUUUUAAUCUAUCUAUCUAUCUAUCUAUCUAUCUAUCUAUCUAUCUAUCUAUCUAUCUUUGCCUUCAAAACAAAACUGCUUUCAUUUAAUUAUCCCAGAGAAGCUUUUUUUGUAUCUAUCUUUUGGCCCGCCCAUCCAUCCAUCCAUCCAUCCAUCCAUCCAUCCAUCCAUAAACCAACCAAUCUAUCUAUCUAUCUAUCUAUCUAUCUAUCUAUCUAUCUAUCUAUCUUAACUCUGGCUAUUAUCAAGACUUGUACGAAUAUCUAUCUAUCUAUCUAUCUAUAG